AUGGCAGUUGUUAAACAGCUUGGAAAGUUUGCGAGAAGUUUGAUAUAUUUAACGAUGGAGCGUUAUACGAACGAAGAAUUGGCAAAUAUGUUGCUUCUUUAUGGAGAGUGCCAGAAAAAUCAAAGACAAGCCGCAGCUCUCUAUGCGGAACGUUUUCCUAACAAGCGACAUCCAGGGCACGGAUUCUUUCACAGUCUAUUUCUUAGACUUGUUCAGUAUGGGACAUUACACGCUUCAACACGUCCACGGCACGUACCACAACGGGCAGAAGCAACAAUUAAUUCAGUAAGAGAAGCUGUUAUUGUUAAUCCGCAUACAAGUACGAGAAGUAUUGGACAUGAUCUCCAACUGGACCAUGUCAAAGUUCAUAGAAUUAUUAAGAAAAAUCUUGGCUGGCAUCCAUUUAAAAGACAUACAACACAAAGAUUAUUUCCCCAAGAUUUGCCUCGUAGAGAAGCGUUUUGUGAUUGGCUUUCAGAGCAAGUCGACAUAAACAACAUUCCUAACGAUAAUUUUUUGAGGAGAAUUCUCUGGACAGAUGAAUGCACUUUCCGCAGUGAUGGACGCAUAAAUCGACAUAAUGAACAUCAUUAUGCGGAAGAAAAUCCGCAUUGUAGAAAAGAAACUCACAUUCAGGGGCAAUUCCAUAUUAAUGUCUGGAUGGGAAUUUUGGAUAAUUAUGUUAUCGGACCAUUUUUCUUUCCGGAAAAUGUUAAUAUUACAGCAGUAACUUAUUCUGAAUUCCUGGUAGAAACAUUACCAUAUUUAUUAGAGGAUGUUCCAUUGGCUGUAAUUCCAAAUAUAAUUUUUCAACAAGAUGGCCAUCCUGCUCAUUCAUCUCUUCUGGCUCGAACCAUAUUAAAUCAAAGAUUUCCUAACAGAUGGAUAGGUAUUCAUAGCACUCUGCAAGAAUGGCCACCACGUUCACCUGACCUAACGCCUAUGGAUUAUGAUUCACUACCACGCAACAGAAAUGACUUAAUACAAAAGAUACAAACAGCAAGUGAAAAAAUAACACCUGUAAUGUUAUCGAAGGUGCGAGAAAACUUAAUGCGGAGAAUUGCCUUAUGUGCAGAAGAAAAUGGAGGACAUUUUGAACAUGUUCUGUAA